UGGGUCUUUGCUUCUCUCUCUGGUUCCCCUUGGCAAAUCUAUUUCUUACUUUUCGAGAUCCUUCGUUGAAUCAAUCACUAGGAGGAAUCAUGAACAAUGAAGAAGAGAAAAGGUGUCCUCUGUGUGCAGAAGAGAUGGAUUGGACUGAUCAACAAUUAAAUCCCUGCAAAUGCGGUUACGAGGUGUGUGUUUGGUGUUGGCAUCACAUAAUGGACAUGGCUGAGAAGGAUGCAACAGAAGGGCGUUGUCCUGCAUGUCGGACACCUUACGAUAAGGAUAGGAUUGUAGGGUUGGAAGCAAAUUUUCAAAGGGUGGCUGCCAAUUGUGCAAGUCGAAAACAAAAACUUCCAAAGGCAAAGCCAAAACCAAAUGAAGGAAGGAAGGACCUUAGCAAUGUUCGAGUAAUUCAGCGAAGAAUGGCAUAUAUCAUUGGACUGCCUCUUGAUCUUGCGGAUGAAGAACUAUUGCAGCGAAAAGAUUAUUUUGGCCAAUAUGGAAAAGUUACAAAGGUUUCCCUUUCUCGAACGGCGGGUGGUGCCGUUCAGCAGUUUAUCAAUGAUACAUGCAGUGUAUAUAUUACUUACUCCAAAGAGGAGGAAGCAGUGAGGUGCAUUCAAUCUGUGCAUGGUUAUGUCUUGGAUGGCAGGCUGUUAAGAGCAUCAUUUGGGACUGCAAAGUAUUGCCAUGCAUGGUUGAGGAAUAUGCCUUGCAACAAUCCUGCAUGUUUAUAUUUGCAUACUGUUGGUGCUGAAGAAGAUAGUUUUGGCAAAGAUGAAGUAGCUGCAGUUCAUACUAGGAAUAGGGUUCAAGAAAUAGUUGGUGCGACCCAAUAUUUGCAUAGACGCUCUGGAAGCAUGUUGCCACCACCUGUAGUUGAGCAAUUAAAUAACCACAGUGCUACUGCUGAGGAGCCUCUGUGUAACAAUGGCCUGAAAGAUGUAGCUUAUGCACCGGUAGCUUCAGGUGAUCACUUGUCUUGUUCUAAGGAGAAGGAUGGGUCUAUCAGAUCGUGCAAACAAAUGGCAACGUUUGUAGAUAUUGUUGGGCGGUCAUGUAAUUCAGGUUCCAAUAAAGAUGUGAAUUCAGAUGAAGAAGAGCGGAUAUUGAACUUAUUCUCUGAUAGUGACCGUGUCGAGACCGAAUGCUCAGAUUCGAUGCUAUUGAAAUCACCAGCUCCCAGCCAAUUUGAUAAUGCAGCAUCAAGGAGCAAAUUAUAUGGCGAGCCUUUCAGGGAAGCUUCAAAACUGCUUUCGGUAGAACGAUCUAAUUCAAGUCUUGAUGAAACAUGCAUCACAAAAGAACAAUUUGGUCUGCCAAUGGAUUCCGGAAGACAAGUACUGCAUUCUCCAUUUAAUACUACAACAGAAGAUUCACUAACUUUUGAUGACCAAAGAUCAAAGAAUUCCUUUAGAUCAAGUCAUAAAGUUUCUCUCCUUCCUUCUUAUCCUGCCGAGACAACUAAGAACUGUAGUGAUAAUUCUUGGUGGCAUACUGACUAUCAUAAUCAGAUUAGUGCAGAACCUGUACAUAGCUAUGCAGAUCAAGAAGAUCGUAUACCGUCCCCGUAUAUAAGUUCAGUAUUAUUAAAUGAUGGGUACAAUGAGAAGAAGUUCCAAAGUUCAGCUAAAUCUGAUAGGAUAUACAGGUGCUCUAAUUCGUUUUCUAAUGAAGAAAUCGUAGAGCACUUGAGACGGCUUGAUCAUGAGACCCUGGUGAAUAAUGAUGAAAAUUCUGCUGCUGUGGAAAGCAGUAUAAUAUCUGACAUUUUGGCCAUGGAUUUAGAUGGAUCUGAUAAUUCAGCUUUCCCACAAACAGUAGCUGGACUGUUUGAAGCAAGAGAUGGGCGGCAUGGUUCUUUGCGAAAUUUUCAAAAUAAUGAUCAAUCGAGAUUCUCAUUUGCUAACAAACAUGGAUUUUCUGGUCAACAAAAUGACUUGGGCUCUCCUUCUAGCAACAUUGGUCAAGAGCUGAAUUUUCCUGUUCUUCAGGAUUCUUGCGAGAACAAGGACCAUUUGUACAAGUCCCAACAUCAUGCAUCUAGGGCUCCGAACUCAAUGCCACCAGGAUUUUCCAUGCCCAGCAAACCCCCUCCUGGGUUUUCUGCCGCUUGCUUGAGAACUGAACAGGCUAUUGCUGCCAGCUCUGGAAGAUAUGUCAGGACUGGAUAUCAUUAUCGUUCGCCAUCACUUGGGAAUCUAAGCAAUAGCAGCGAUGAUCUUGUUGAUCCUGCUACAACGGUUGGUGGAGGCAAAUCGUCAACAAAUGGGCUGACCAACUCGUGGACCUCAUCCUUUUCAUCUCGAUGCUCUAGCUCAUUUGAUGAGGACACAAAACACUGGUCUUUCAUGCAACAACAAUCUGCAGCUGCCACGGCUAUACAUCAUGAGCCUCAAUUUUCUCAAGCUUCAAUGCAACAGCAGCAGCAACACCACACUCCCCAACAGCAAUUUCCUUCUCAUGAUGAUUUUGGUAGUGGUCUCACUUCUGGGCUAAUGGAUCUGCACCACCAGAGCUAUGACCCAUCUUUAUUCACCCAACAGCCAAAGUUUGGAAACGGGUAUCAUCAGCAUAACCAGUUGCAGUUGCAGUUACAAUUACAGUUACAGCAGGAGGGUCAGCAACAUGCUCCUAGAAGUGAGGUAGAAAGAGGAUUUGGGUUUGAAAGUUUGUUGCCUGGUUAUGGUGACUAUAUGUUCCAAAUGCCCACUUCGGGCGAUGUAUACACCCGGGUGUUUGGAAUGUAAAGAAUCCCACCUCUUCUGUUUUGAUGAAAUGAAAUGAGCAGGUUACUCUCA